CACCUCACACACUCACUCACACACUCACACACUCACACCCUCCUCCAGCCCCACCGCCCCACCAUGGCCGCCUCCACCCUGUCCGUCUGCUCCAGCGACCUGAGCUACGGCAGCCGGGUCUGCCAGCCCGGGUCCUGGGACUCCUGCCCCAGCUGCUCCCGGCAGGUGGACGACUGCCCAGAGAGCUGCUGCGAGCCCCCCUGCUGCGCCCCCAGCUGCUGCGCCCCGGCCCCCUGCCUGACCCUCCUCUGCACCCCAGCCAGCUGUGUGUGCAGCCCCUGCCAGUCAGCCUGCACCAGCUCCUGCACACCCUCCUGCUGCCAGCAGUCUAGCUGCCAGCCCUCCUGCUGCACCUCCUCCCCCUGCCAGCGAUCCUGCUCUGUGCCCGUCUCCUGCACACCCAUCUGCUCCACACCUGUCUGCUGCAAGCCUGUGAGCUGUGUGCCCAUCUGCUCUGGGACCUCCCCUUGCUCAGACCCCUCAUGCUGCCAGCAGUCUAGCUGCCAGCCCUCCUGCUGCACCUCCUCCCCCUGCCAGCAGGACUGCUGUGUGCCCAUCUGCUGCAGACCUGUCUGCUCUGGGGCCGCCCCCUGCCCAGCCCCCUCGUGCUGCCAGCCCACCCCCUGUCCCCCGUCCUGCUGCAGACCCUCCUCCUGCGUGUCCCUCAUCUGCCGCCCUGUGUGCAGGCCCGCCUGCUGCGUGCCCGUCUCCUCCUGCUGUGCCCCCGCCUCCCGCCAGCCCAACUGCUGCCGCCCAGCCUCCUGCGUGUCCCUGCUCUGCCGCCCUGUGUGCUCCCGCGUGGCUUGCUGCGGCCCUGCCUCGGCCCACAAGUCCUGCUGCUGACUGGGCACGGCCCUCAGGGCCAGCCGGGCUCCAGGUCUCCCCCCGGACUGUGGCCCUCCUAGCCCCUCCUCAGUUUG